CGUGCACGAACUCUGCAACAGUUCGUUUUCUCAGAAGCAAGUAUACCCACGCACUCCACUUUCCCAUUCGUCAGUAGAUUCAGUACCAACCUCCACACGCCCCCAGCAAGAGAAGCAAAUGCGGUAAACCCAGAAGAAGGAAAAACGCAAAAAGGAAAGAAGCCCGGGAUUUCAAGCUCCAUAUAGACGGUACCCUUUGUUGGGCUUGCGGUGAUAGCGAAGGAAGAGCCCCCCCUGGGUCCGUUUCUUGCUCUGCAUUUGCCGCCGCGCGAGGGUCUCGCGCUUUCUUGAAGAGAGCAGGGUGGAAAAAAAUGGAGUCUUUGGUUCUCCGUUCGUUUCCUACGCCGCCUGUGCUGUCCGCGGGCAGGAAAAAUUGGAGAGGCGACUACUCCACGAAGUUCUGCUUUCCUACACAAGUUUCAGGGAGCAGAGAAAGGGACAUCCUUGGAGGAGACUAUAUUAGAUGUCAUGUCACGAAUAUUAAGGAAAAACUUGCCCUUUCCCAGAAAAGGAAUAGGGAGUGGAUUGUGAAUGCAGCCUCUGGACAACCACUUGAGUCUGGACCUGGAUCAUUUAAUUCUGGUCAUAACUGGGAUUCUGUAAAACAUUCUGUUGACGCUUUUUAUCGGUUCUCUCGUCCUCACACAGUCAUUGGCACAGCAUUGAGCAUAAUAUCAGUUUCUCUGCUUGCGGUUCAGAAAUUAUCGGAUAUUUCUCCCUUAUUUUUCACAGGAGUGCUGGAGGCCGUUAUUGCUGCCCUCUUCAUGAAUAUUUACAUUGUGGGAUUAAACCAGAUUUCUGACAUUGACAUAGACAAGGUCAACAAGCCGUAUCUUCCGCUUGCAUCAGGAGAGUACACAGUUGGAACUGGUGUCAUGAUUGUUACAUCUUUUUCCAUUAUGAGUUUUUGGCUUGGAUGGAUUGUUGGUUCAUGGCCGUUGUUUUGGGCUCUAUUUAUCAGUUUUUUGCUUGGAACGGCUUAUUCUAUCAAUUUACCCAUGUUGAGAUGGAAGAGAUCUGCUGUUGUUGCGGCAAUGUGUAUUCUAGCUGUCCGGGCGGUGAUUGUUCAGCUGGCGUUUUUUCUGCACAUGCAGACCCAUGUGUACAAAAGACCACCAGUCUUCUCGAGGCCACUAAUUUUUGCAACUGCAUUUAUGAGCUUCUUCUCUGUGGUUAUCGCAUUAUUUAAGGACAUACCUGAUAUUGACGGAGACAAGAUAUUUGGUAUCCGAUCAUUCACCGUUCGUUUGGGUCAAGAGCGGGUAUUCUGGAUAUGCAUAUCACUGCUUGAAAUGGCUUAUGGUGUGGCCAUUCUUGUUGGAUCAGUCUCUUCGUGUCUAUGGAGUAAAGUCCUUACGGUCCUUGGUCAUGUUCUGUUGGGCUCUCUGUUAUGGAGUCGUGCCAAGUCUAUUGAUCUGAGGAGCAAAGCUUCAAUAACAUCAUUCUACAUGUUCAUUUGGAAGCUAUUUUAUGCCGAGUACUUGCUUAUCCCGCUGGUGAGGUGAGCGACUCCCGUGGCGGCGACUUUCUAAACGAUGUAGUUUGAGCUUAAGAAACGUCACGAGUCAGGAACGCUGGAAAUCUCUCGCUGCUUGUUGUAUCUCGGUCACUGAUGCUAAGAUCACUGCAAUCUCUGACGACCUGCGACCGGUUAGCUCGAUACGAUUGUGGGUUUCUUUCAUGUACGUUGGCAGACACUUUUAGGUAAUAAUUUUGUAAACAAAAUGCCGCGAUCCAGUAAUUGUAAGCUAGGUAAAUGGGAACAUUUGGGUUUGGUCCUUCUUAAUACCGGUACAGGUUACUUUGAUAUGAGUGAGUGUGCCAAGUUUAUGUUAGAUUGUCAAUAUUGGAGGAUGAAAACUUUUGGUAGACACUUCAGAUAAUAACUUUGUAGAAAAACGCCUGCUAUCAUAAAUUCAUCCCUUGUCUUGAUGUUGGGUA